CAGAAGCCAGCAGUGGGCCGUGUUGGUAGCCAGUAGCUGUCCCGGGUCUGUCCUGGGCCACCCUGGUGGGAUGUGUAGCACCCCCAUCUCUGUGCCCGUCCGAUCUGUUCACUUUCAGCGCUCUAUCACAACACGGAGCUGUCCGGAACCUUCCUCACCAGGUGCGGCCCGAUGUCGCAGUGCCACAUGCUCCAGUACCUGGCCCGGUCCACCUACCCCUGCUGGGGCCACCUGGCCGAAGCCGUGAGGUCUGCGCCCGAGCGACUGCAGUUCACGCGAGGUCUGCAGGAGGUCUGGAGCGUCCACGGGAGGAGCGUGCUGACCGCCUUUGACCUGUCUCCGUUCCCCGUCGUCUGUGACCUGGGUGGCUCUUCCGGGGCUCUCGCUAAGGAGUGUACUGCCUUAUACCCCGAGUGUACAGUCACCGUCUUUGACAUCCCGGAAGUGGUGCAAAUGGUCAAGGAACACUUCUCAUUCCCAGAGGAAGGGCGGAUUCAUUUCCAUGAAGGGGAUUUCUUCAAAGACCGUCUUCCAGAGGCGAAUCUGUUCAUCCUGGCCAGGAUCCUGCAUGACUGGUCGGAUGAAAAGUGCUCCCACCUGCUGCAGAGGGUCUACCACAGCUGCACGCCAGGAGGUGGGAUCCUGGUGGUCGAAAGCCUUUUGGAUGAAGACAGACGGGGUCCCCUGACCACGCUGCUCUACUCCCUGAAUAUGCUCGUGCAGACGGAGGGCCAGGAGAGGACCGCGAGCGAGUACUGCUCACUCAUCUCUUCGGCUGGCUUCGUAGACUUCCAGUUUAAGAAAACGGGGCACACUUAUGACGCCAUCUUAGCCAGAAAGUAACUGCGUCAUGCGUCUGGCUAUUGUCUACCUACCUACUAUCUCAUCCAUCUGUGUUGUAAUUUUCUUCUAUUAUAUCGCUCUGUAGCAUCUAUCAAUAUCCAUCUAUGUAUCAUCUAUAUCUAUCAUUUCUUUCUGUCAUGUAUCACUGUAUAAUCUAUCAAUAUGGGGGCCAGCAGGUGGCGUGUUAGUUAAAUCGCUGGACUCCCACAUGG